AUGACCCGAUCAUCCUACUCUCCGCCAGCCGUAGCCUUUUUCUUUGCGCUCCUUAUUUUUCUGGUAGGCAUUCUUCCGACCGUGUCUUGCGCACAAGGCCCAUUGCCUGUUCAGGAGAUGGCAUUUGCCCGUAUUGGCUCCAGUCUUUAUAUCCAAGGUGACAGACAUGUGGUCGAUAGCGCCCAAGUGUCGCUCUACCUACAAUCCUAUGCGCCAGAUCUAUCUACAUCCUGGCCGGUCAGCACCCUGCCUUGGAAGACACUCGUCAAUGGAUCAGCAGCCGUCCCCUCUUCUAGAGUCUCAAUACCCGACCUUAAUACCUUGUUGGUUUUCGUGAACCUGAGUGCUGACAUCACGGUUGGCCUGUAUGAUUUCCAAGUCAACACCUGA